GCUCGAAAAACCUUUACCAAAAUUGAUAGUACUGGAUCUUAAUGGAACCUUGGUGUGUCGAAUAAAGAAUGGACGAAUCAUAUUGCGUCCAUAUAUCAAAGAGUUCGUGAAUUAUAUUUUUAAUAACGGGUUUUACGUCAUGGUCUGGUCAUCAGCUCAGCCUAAUAACGUCAAAAAAAUGGUGACUGCUAUUUUUGGCAAAUAUGAGGCCAGCUUAAUUGAGGUUUGGGAUAGGGAUAAUUUUGGACUGUCCACACGGCAAUAUCAUACUAAGACUCUUACUGUUAAAAAUCUAGAAAAAAUUUGGGAAAAAUUGAACAAAUUGAAUGGUAAACCUCGUUGGGACCAGUUAAAUACGAUCCUGAUUGAUGAUUCAAUCAAAAAGGCGCAGUUACAGCCUUUUAACUCUAUUCAUCUAACGGAUUUUGAUAAACGUCAAGCAGAUGAAGGGAAUGACCGUGAGCUGUUUGACGUUAUCCCUUAUUUGGAAGAAUUACGAUAUCAAAGCAACGUUAGUGCCUAUAUCAAAGACUUUCCACAUACAAAUAAAAAAUUGAGCGGUAAAGAGAGCUAUUCGUAUGAUAGCGAUGAUCCUUCCUUUCACCAAACAAUCAUGAAUUUGAAUUCUGUUAUUAAGGAGGGAAUGACAUUGAAUGAUUCUUCUCCUAGGAAC